AUGAUAGCUAUUGAUGAAAUAAAAUAUGAGUUUUGUAUAUUAGGAAGAGAAUCAAAUUUCAAAAUUGUUAAAAGACUUGGAUUAAAAAAAGAUGAGAAACCAAAGUUCUUUAAUUCAUUAUGGAAGAUUUUCUUCGCUGCACCUAUAGUUUAUGAUAAAUUUUUAAGUGGUUCAGAAACUGAUGAUAAAGAAAAUAUUGAUAAUCUUUCAAUUUUUAAUCAUGCAUUUAAAUCUAUCCGUUUCCAAUCUAUUAAAGAAAUCAAAGAUGAUGAAUUCCUUAGAAAUAUCAAAGAAUUAGAAUUAGUUAUCCAGUAUUCUUUAAAUAAAAUGGGUGAAAGAGAGGUUAAAAAAGGAAUUGAAUCAUUACUUGGUAGUCUCAGCACUUAUGGUAGAUGUAUAAGCAUCUGGGAUCAAGACAUAAGAUAUAGAUCAGAAGUUAUGGAAAGUUUAAUUAUGGAACCAAUGUUUAGAUUUAUUCAUUAUUUAUUUUCAAUUGAUGAUGAAUAUCAUUUCCAUUAUGAUAAAUAUGAUCAGAUGAUUAACAAAACAAAACCAAGUUGGGAAUUUUCUAAAUUAUUACCUGAAAAUAAAGAUGAUAAUUUUGCUAAAUUAUCAAGAAUUUUCCGUGAAGUUGUACCAUUUCAAAUCUUUUCAAAAUUUAAUAGUUAUAUAAUUAGUAAUUUCAAUAAUAGUUUAUAUUUUGAAUAUCCAUUAAAAGAUGGUGAAUGGGAAAGUGAUAAUGACGAAGAAGUCAUACUUGAUGGUGCUCCAGUGAGGUAUAAAUUAUUUGAUAAUGGAGCUAAUCCAGCUGAUUCUAUUUCAUUACAAUUAUUAUUAAUGUUGAAGAUUUAUGAUACCAUUAGAAAAGAAUUAUGUACAGAUUCAUGGUUAAAAGAUUCUAAUGGAAAUGAUUUAUUAACUACAGAUGAAACGGCAGAUCCAAUAGGAUAUAUAGUUCAAGAUCCUAGAAAGAUAAGAUCUUCAAAAAGAUUAAAGAUUAAAAGGGAAUUGGAAAGUAUCAAGAUUUUUGAUCCAACGAAAUUAUUCCCAACUAAUGUCAGUUUACAAACUUCAAAUUAUGAAUUAUUAGAAGAAUAUUCAUAUUUCCAUGGUAUAAAACUCAAGAUUGAAAGCUCAGAUAUCUUUAAAAGUAAUAAUUCAAACAUUUCGAAUAAAGUAUUCUUCAAAAUGUUUGAUUUAGCAAAUUUAAAAUAUUUACAAUGGUAUAGAUACAUUGUUGGUACGCCAUCUUAUAAAAAAGAUGCUAAAAUUUUUACUCAAUCAGAAAUUAAUGUAUUAUCUACGAUAGAUUAUGAAUACGUCAAAGAUUUUAAUUGGAUUUUAGAAGUCUUGAAAGAGAGUUAUAUUAAAGAAAUUACGGCUUUGAAAAGGAUUAAUCAUUGGAAUUCAACCCAUGGGAAAGAUGAUCAAAUUAAUUCACCAAGAUUAUUACAAUAUGGUUGGACUUAUCUUGAAUUAUUAUCAUCAAAAGGUGAAGUAGAAUAUUCAUAUUGGGGGUCAUUCAUCUGUACAGAAUAUCUUGAAUUCAUAAAAGAUGAUCAAUAUGAAAAAAAUUCAAAGCGGGAAAAGAACUUGAAGAAACAAAUUGAAAUUCUUUCCAAAGCAGGGAUUGAUCAUAAUGAUAUAAAAGCGGAUAAUUAUUGUUUUGAUGAAUUUGAUAAUGCAUAUUUGGUUGAUUAUGGUGAAUGUAUUAUUGAUGAGAAUCGAUAUCUUGAAGGUUAUGACCUUGAAAAGAUUGAUCCAGAUGAGAAGUGGCUCUAG